UUACAGAAACACCUCUCUCUCUCUCUCUCUUAAAAGCGAUAGUUAUUAGUAUAUUUCUUUUCAGUUCAAGCCUCCUUGAUUUGUCACCCCUGGGUUUUGACUUUUUUUUUUUAUUUGUUUCCCCUUCUUCCCAUUUUGUUUUGUUUAAUAUAUACUUGUGUUAUAUAUAUACACACACACACUCUCUAGUAGUGGUAGUAGAUUACAGAUUUCCCCGCUGCUUCUCUCUUCUCGUAUCGUAGAAUACAAACUCAGUCUUCGUUAUUUUCUGAUUGCGAUCCAAGGAGGUGGGAACCGACCCGAGUGAGGAAGCAGCAAAGGAUUUGUAGCUGUAGACCUCUGAGAAGCACGGGCCCAAGACAAAAGAUUGGUGGCUAUUUUAGCAGUUGAGCUGUUGACUUAAGAUUUUCUGUGCAGCAAAAACCAUUCAAAAUUCAGCGACCAGGUUCAGGGGGUGACUUGCCCCAAAUUGGCGGGUUCAACCCUUUCCCUGUUGCUCGGAGGUCGAAUUCCUCACAUGCUAUUGCGAUGGAAGACGAUAUGGAGAGUGGCAAUUUGGGGCCUUAUAAAGAUAGGCCAAGGACUUUCCCCAACAUGCGUAGUAAACCUUAUACCCCAUUGAUAUUCCGUAUUCUCAUGAGAAUGAACGUUCGUGUUGUUUUUAUACUUGUGCUCUUGGGAUUGGGAGCUGUCUUUUAUGUUGGAGCAAGAACCUCUCCGAUUAUUGUGUUUGUUUUUACUGUUUGCAUCAUCAGCUUUCUCAUAUCGAUAUAUCUCACCAAAUGGGUUCUCUCAAAGGAUGAAGGGCCAACUGAGAUGGUUCAGAUAUCAGAUGCAAUACGUGAUGGAGCUGAAGGCUUCUUCAGGACCCAGUAUGGGACUAUCUCCAAGAUGGCAGUUUUACUUGCACUGGUUAUCCUUGGCAUAUAUUUGUUUCGGAGUACUACUCCUCAACAAGAGUCUUCUGGUUUGGGGAGGUACACAUCUGCAUUUAUUACUGUUGCUUCUUUUCUCCUAGGGGCUCUGUGUUCAGGUAUAGCUGGAUAUGUUGGAAUGUGGGUGUCUGUUCGUGCAAAUGUUCGAGUCUCUAGCGCUGCAAGACGUUCUGCAAGGGAGGCAUUGCAGAUCGCCGUUCGUGCUGGUGGCUUCUCAGCUAUUGUUGUUGUUGGCAUGGCAGUUAUUGGGGUUGCCAUCCUUUAUGCCACAUUUUAUGUUUGGUUGGGGGUGGAUUCACCAGGUUCAAUGAAAGUGACUGAUUUGCCUCUUCUUCUCGUGGGAUAUGGCUUUGGAGCUUCAUUUGUCGCCCUUUUUGCUCAGUUGGGUGGUGGAAUAUACACGAAAGCCGCUGAUGUUGGAGCUGACCUUGUUGGGAAAGUAGAGCAGGGGAUACCUGAAGAUGAUCCACGCAAUCCUGCUGUCAUUGCCGACUUGGUUGGGGACAAUGUGGGUGAUUGUGCAGCACGAGGUGCUGAUCUUUUCGAAAGUAUUGCAGCAGAAAUUAUUAGUGCGAUGAUCCUUGGAGGAACAAUGGCCCAACGCUGCAAAAUUGAAGAUCCAUCUGGCUUUAUUUUGUUUCCUCUCGUGGUUCACUCAUUUGAUCUGGUGAUAUCAACUGUUGGUAUAUUUUCCAUACGUGGCACACGUGAUACUGGAUCUAUUGGUGCCAUGGAGGACCCUAUGGCAAUUCUUCAGAAAGGAUAUUCUAUUACAAUUCUAUUGGCUGUUGUAACUUUUGGACUGUCUACACGGUGGAUGCUGUAUACUGAACAAGCUCCUUCAGCAUGGUUGCACUUUGCAUUGUGUGGUUUGGUUGGAAUUAUGACGGCGUACGUUUUUGUUUGGAUCACUAAGUACUACACCGAUUACAAGCAUGAGCCAGUACGCACAUUAGCUCUUUCUAGCUCCACAGGGCAUGGCACUAACAUAAUUGCUGGCAUCAGUUUGGGUCUGGAAUCCACAGCUCUUCCUGUUCUCGUCAUAAGUGCAUCUAUUGUUUCAGCUUUCUGGCUAGGUCGCACUUCUGGACUGGUUGAUGAUGCUGGAAAUCCAACUGGUGGGUUGUUUGGAACAGCUGUAGCAACGAUGGGAAUGCUUAGCACUGCAGCUUAUGUUCUCACCAUGGAUAUGUUCGGUCCAAUAGCUGAUAAUGCAGGUGGAAUAGUAGAGAUGAGUCAGCAGCCUGAAAGUGUUCGGGAGAUCACUGAUGUACUUGAUGCGGUUGGGAACACCACAAAAGCUACAACGAAAGGGUUUGCCAUUGGAUCUGCAGCACUUGCGUCUUUCCUUCUGUUCAGUGCCUAUAUGGAUGAGGUAGCUGCAUUUGCUCAUGUACCUUUUACACAGGUUGACAUUGCCAUCCCAGAAGUAUUUGUUGGUGGAUUGCUGGGCUCUAUGCUUAUUUUCCUAUUUAGUGCAUGGGCCUGUUCUGCUGUUGGUCGAACUGCUCAAGAGGUUGUUAAUGAAGUAAGAAGACAGUUUAUUGAGAGGCCUGGUAUCAUGGAAUAUAAGGAGAAACCAGAUUAUGGUCGUUGUGUUGCCAUUGUGGCAUCGGCAUCUUUGAGGGAGAUGAUAAAACCUGGUGCCUUGGCUAUUGUUUCGCCUAUAGUUGUUGGUUUGGUGUUCCGGAUUUUGGGAUUCUAUACUGGACAACCUCUACUUGGGGCUAAAGUUGUUGCUUCUAUGUUGAUGUUUGCAACGGUUUCUGGUAUUCUUAUGGCUCUUUUCCUGAACACUGCUGGUGGUGCUUGGGAUAAUGCAAAGAAGUACAUAGAGACUGGUGCUCUUGGAGGCAAAGGGAGUGACUGCCAUAAAGCAGCUGUUACUGGCGAUACUGUGGGAGACCCAUUCAAAGACACUGCGGGGCCUUCUCUUCAUGUCCUUAUCAAAAUGCUUGCAACGAUAACUCUCGUCAUGGCUCCUGUCUUUCUUUGAGAGUUGUUCACAAUGAAGUCUACUCCCCAGACUGCACCAUAUCCCUAUAUUAUUCAUACUUGUUGCGGAUGUAGAGGUAGCUACUAUGACGUGGAGGGUGCCUGAUAAUAGUUACGUAAUACUCUUUAAUUUAAUUGAGAAAUUAGCUGAUGGCCUACUUUAGCGAAUAAUCAUAUGUAAUCUUUCUUUCUUUUUCUUUUUGCUUCUACACAGUACAAAUGUGUACGUGACCGAUGGAUCAUUUUUUGGCUAUUAGUGUGUUCUUAUGUGUAACAGAGCAUGCUCUAAUGCUCUAAUGCCGAAUAACAAUAUGGCAGAUUCUGGGUCCGCAUACAUGGGAUGUUUGACAGGUGAUUUUUUGUCAUAAUAACUCCGGCAUUUACAGGUACAAAA